CUUUGACUUUGUGCCCAGACUGCCAUUUUUCCAUCAUCACAGCAGGGGUGGGGUGGGGGUUCCUCUGGUUCCUCAGGGGUGGGAUGGGGGAUCCUCUGGUUCCUCAGGUGUGGGGUGCGGGGUUCCUCUGGUUCCUCAGGGGUGGGGUGGGGGUUCCUCUGGUUCCUCAGGGGUGGGGGUUCCUCAGGGGUGGGGUGGGGUUUCCUCUCGUUCCUCAGGGGUGGGGUGGGGGUUCCUCUGGUGCCUCAGGGGUGGGAUAGGAGUUCCUCUGGUUCCUCAGGGGUGGGGUAGGGUGGGGGUUCCUCUGGUUCCUCAGGGGUGGGGUUGGAGUUCCUCUGGUGCCUCAGGGGUGGGGUGGGGGUUCCUCUGGUUCCUCAGGGGUGGGGUAGGAGUUAAUCUGGUUCCUCAGGGGUGGGGUAGGAGUUCCUCUGGUUCCUCAGGGGUGGGGUAGGAGUUCCUCUGGUUCCUCAGGGGUGGGGUAGGAGUUCCUCUGGUUCCUCAGGGGUGGGGGUUCCUCUGGUUCCUCAGGGGUGGGGUAGGAGUUCCUCUGGUUCCUCAGGGGUGGAGUAGGGGUUCCUCUGGUUCUUCAGGGGAGGGGAGGGGGUUCCUCUGGUUCCUCAGGGGUGGGGAUUCCUCUGUUUCCUCUCCAAAAGUAAUCUGUUCAGAAUUAGCCCACCACAAUACAACCACAUUCCAGCUAACUGUAGUGUACGUGGGCUUCAUAUGGCCAUAGUUAACCAGACACAGUAAAAGGCAUCAUUGUGUAUUUGGUGACUGAGAUUAAUUAGCUUGAGGGAGAUGGGGGGGAGGGGGGGGCACUGUCAUUACGCUGCACUGUGUGUGAGUGUGUGUUUGUGCCCGUGUGUGACAGACACAGAGCUCAAUUUAUCCAUCUGUGUGGCACUGUCUGUCUUGUGUGGUGGACUGUCUACCCUAAAGCUAGCUAUUUCAAAAUACCUUGUUUCCAAUGUUUUCAUGGAGUCAGUUGGACCGUACAGUACGUGCUUAUUGAGGGGGGGGGGGGGGGGGGGGGGGUAUUGUGGGGCUGAGUAACCACAGCUGGGCAUUAUAGAAACCAUAUUACUGCCUGAUAAGCUGCUAUUAGAGGUGUGUGUGGGGGAGAGGGACGCAGGUGCUCCGUGGGCUGAUAUUACCCAGGAUGCAUAGGGAUGUGGGGGGGAGGGGGGCUCUCUCUGUGGAGCGCAGAAACACACCUGUGAUCCCCUUGCUAGCACGCUCAAACACUUCCCCACUUCGGCAGAUGAAUCCACACUCUGAUAAACAUGCUAAUACUGCGGAGCAGGGAGCACACACCAUGGAGCACAUCACAGGCACCAAGCCAACAGCACGUGGCACUCGGCUCUACAUUAACACAGUGUGGACAAAAAACUACAGCCUAGCUAGA